AAAGAGAAGGAAGGAAGCCAAACAGAGUGGCGCUGACCGGACAUGAACUUUACGGUGUAGCUCACAACUUCAGUCUGAGUUGAACUACAGAAAGGCAGCGGCAGCUUCCUUCAGCUCAGUGGAAACAAGGAAGAGAGCAGCCCGCUGACUCCCUGCUGUCUCCCGCCGGGCAAGAACAAUGGUGUGCAAAUGUGAACCCGUGUGAAGAAGCACUCCUAGGCAGCGACAUGUUUUCUCCCAGACCUCCUCUGUCCUGACCACAGGGAGUUUUACAACCAGGAUCCUGAUUGUCUACCUCAACACACGUGGAGUCCACUCCCUCUUUCCUACCUCCUCUGACAAGCCGCUGCUCUUUUUCUACCUCAGCACGUACUCUGUCGAAAGCUGUUAUCAGCCAGCUCAGAAACGCCAACAGGACCCUUCACUUUAUCACCAGGCUCUCAGGUGUCAGUCAUCUAGCUCCGGUACAACGCUCGACUGGGUUUUUCCUGCUCAACAGCCAUCACCGUUAUCUGACUCCCUGCUGGGCGGGGCCCCUGAAGCAGCCAUGCUACGUCGGGGUCUGUUGAUGUCCGAACCCUGUGACGGACCAGGCAAGGGGAAGAACAGGGGGCGGAGUCACAGAGACGUUCCUCUGUUUGUGGUUGGCUGUGAAGAUGACGAACAGGACAUGGGCCAAAUGGAGGCAGGCAUGAAGAACGAGAUGUUUCGAGAAGAGGAAAUGGAGGAUGAUGAAGAUACCGUCGAGCGACAGAUUGUGGUUGGCAUAUGUGCCAUGAUGAAGAAAUCCAAAUCCAAGCCCAUGACUCAGAUCUUGGAGCGCCUUUGUAAGUUUGACUACAUUGAUGUAGUCAUAUUUCCUGAGGAGGUGAUCCGAGAACCCGUGGAGAGAUGGCCCCUCUGCGACUGCCUCAUCUCCUUCCACUCCAAGGGUUUCCCUCUGGACAAAGCUGUGGAAUAUGCCAAGCUCAGGAAUCCACUGCUCAUCAAUGAUCUCAACAUGCAGUAUUUCAUUCAGGACAGGAGGGAAGUGUAUCGGAUCCUACAGGAAGAGGGUGUUGACCUACCUCGCUAUGGUGUGCUAAACCGAGACCCUGACAAUCCUGAAGAGUGUAACCUCGUAGAGGGAGAGGACCAUGUUGAGGUGAAUGGGGAGGUGUUCCCUAAACCCUUUGUGGAGAAACCUGUUUGUGCAGAGGACCACAACGUCUACAUCUAUUACCCAACGUCUGCUGGAGGAGGCAGCCAGAGACUCUUCAGAAAGAUCGGAAGUCGUAGCAGUGUGUACUCCCCAGAAAGCAGCGUACGAAAGACUGGAUCCUACAUCUAUGAGGAGUUCAUGCCAACAGAUGGUACUGAUGUGAAGGUUUACACAGUGGGCCCCGACUAUGCCCACGCUGAGGCCAGGAAGUCUCCGGCGCUGGAUGGGAAGGUAGAGAGGGACAGUGAGGGGAAGGAGAUCCGUUACCCCGUCAUGCUGACUGCCAUGGAGAAACUGGUGGCCCGCAAGGUCUGCCUGGCCUUCAAGCAAACUGUAUGUGGGUUCGACCUGCUCAGAGCCAACGGCCAUUCCUUUGUCUGCGAUGUUAACGGCUUCAGCUUCGUCAAAAACUCAAUGAAAUACUACGAUGACUGUGCCAAAGUCCUGGGGAACAUGGUAAUGAGGGAGUUAGCCCCCCAGUUCCACAUCCCCUGGUCCAUCCCCAUGGAGGCUGAAGACAUCCCCAUCGUCCCAACAACCUCAGGAACCAUGAUGGAGCUGCGCUGUGUUAUUGCAAUCAUCAGACAUGGUGAUCGCACACCGAAGCAAAAGAUGAAAAUGGAGGUUCGACAUCCUCUAUUCUUUGAAUUAUUCGAGAAGUACGGAGGAUACAAGACGGGAAAGCUAAAGCUCAAAAAGCCCAAACAGCUGCAGGAGGUGCUGGAUAUUGCUCGCCUGCUCCUCGUUGAACUGCGUCAGCACAACGACUGCGAGAUUGAGGAGAAGAAAUCCAAAUUGGAACAACUGAAGACAGUUCUGGAAAUGUAUGGUCAUUUCUCAGGUAUCAACAGGAAAGUCCAGCUGACCUACUUGCGUAAUGGCCAGCCGAAAGCUUCCAGUGAAGAAGAAGACUCUAAGAAGGAUGGACCAUCUUUGCUGCUGGUGUUGAAGUGGGGCGGGGAACUGACCCCUGCAGGCCGGGUUCAGGCUGAGGAGCUGGGCCGGGCCUUUCGUUGCAUGUACCCUGGAGGUCAAGGUGACUAUGCCGGUUUUCCUGGCUGUGGCCUCCUGCGUCUGCACAGCACUUACCGUCACGACCUGAAGAUCUACGCAUCUGAUGAAGGCAGGGUGCAGAUGACAGCAGCUGCUUUUGCCAAGGGUCUGCUGGCUCUAGAAGGGGAGCUCACCCCCAUCCUGGUUCAGAUGGUCAAGAGUGCCAACAUGAACGGGCUGCUGGACAGCGACAGCGACUCUCUGACCGACUGCCAACAGAAAGUGAAGGCCAGGCUGCAUGAGAUCAUGCAGAAGGACCAGGAGUUUUCACGGGAUGACUAUCAGAAGUUGGCCCCAACAAGCAGUCCAUCACUGGUGAACUCAAUGGAUGUCAUAGAGAAUCCAGUCAAAACCUGUGACAAGGUGUAUGCACUCAUCCAGAGCCUCACUUCACAGAUCAGGAAGAGAUUGGAAGACCCAAAGUCUUCAGACUUGCAGCUUUACCACAGCGAGACCCUGGAGCUGAUGCUGCAGCGCUGGUCCAAGCUGGAGAGAGACUUCCGCACGAAGAACGGACGCUACGACAUCAGCAAGAUCCCGGACAUCUACGACUGCAUCAAAUACGACUCGCAGCACAACGCCUCGCUUAGCCUGGAGGACACACUGGACCUGUUCAGACUGUCCCGAGCCCUGGCUGACAUAGUCAUACCUCAGGAGUAUGGCAUCAGCAAAGCAGAGAAACUAGACAUCGCUCAGGCUUACUGUGUUCCUCUGCUGAAGAAAAUCCAGCUGGACCUGCAGAGAACCCAUGAGGACGAGGCCGUCAACAAGCUGCACCCCCUGUAUUCUCGGGGCGUGAUGUCUCCUGGUCGUCAUGUCCGCACACGCCUCUACUUCACAAGCGAGAGCCAUGUUCACUCCCUGCUCAGCAUCUUCCGUUACGGAGGACUGCUGGAUGAGGAGAAGGACCAGCAGUGGAAACAGGCGAUGGACUAUCUGAGUGCUGUGACUGAACUCAACUACAUGACGCAGAUAGUCAUCAUGCUGUAUGAAGACAACAACAAGGACCCCUCCUCAGAGGAGCGUUUCCAUGUGGAGCUUCACUUCAGUCCAGGGGUCAAAGGAUGUGAAGAUGAAGAGAACGUUCCUCUUGGCUUUGGCUUCCGACCAGCCUCCUCAGAGAAUCAGGACAAAAAGCCCAAUCAGGGCAGUCUGGAGGACCUUUCCCAGGACCAGCCAGACCAGGCACUUCCUGUCUCAGAGCCAAUCAACAUCCAGCGAAGAUCCCCCAUGAUCCGCAAUCGCAAGACAGGCUCUAUGGAGGUCCUCUCUGAGACCUCUCCCACCCAUUCCUCCAAAGGCUGCACAUCCCAUCGACUUUUCCAGUCGUGUUCGCGCCAGUCUCCUGAGAUCAAACCAACCACUGGCCUAGGCUCGCUCUGCUCUGGCCUCUUCAGUGCCUCUGCCCUCGGGGUGUCCUGUAGCGCCCCCAACCUGCGGGACUACGUCCGCACGCACCAUCACCACCACCGAAAACCACCUCUAUCCCCCGGCAGUCUGCCGUGCCAGAGUGGCAUGUUUGAGCUGUUCUCUAUGCCGGCAGUAAAGAGAUUUUCUGUGUCGUUUGCCAGGCAUCCGACUAAUGAGCCCUCAGACGAGCUCCAUGUAGUCCAGCUGCUGGGGGGGCUGCCCGCUGAGCCGGUCCUGCUGGGAUUUGCCCCUCUGGCUGUGGAUGUGGCCAUGGCCCACCACCUUCACCACUGUCCCUACCACCUCCGCCUCCUCAAGACCUGGCUGAUGUCUAGUCAGGAGCUCCCAGAAUCUUUCCACGGGUUCGAAGGCUGCUCCAUGGUGCCCUCUAUCUAUCCGCUGGAGACGCUGCACAACUCGCUCUCCCUGAAGCAGGUGGACGAGUUUCUCAACGCAGUGUGUGAGAGCAGCAGUGAGGUCCACGCCAAAACCAUGAAAGCACUUUCCAGCUUGUUUGACUCCCAGAGCCAGACGUCUCUCUACAGCCCACAGCAGCCUCUGUCUUCCUCCGGAUCAGAAGCUUCUCUUCGCCCGCCAAGCCAGCCUCUAUGGCAUGGCAGCAUCCCCUCCAGUGCUGUAUCCAGCGCAGGCCCCUCGUCCCCCAUCACAGAUGCCUCCGGCCUGAACUUCAGCUUCACUGAAUAGACUGUGUGACUGAACAACACAAGGACAGUCUGAGUUUACAGCUGUUAAACUCCGACUGUAAAUGUGAUCACUCAAAUGCUAUACAUGGACUCUUCUGAUGCCUGUCAACACCACAACUUCUGUGCUCCGUACACGCAGAAAGCACUGAACCUCCACUGGGAGAAAAUCUCUCAUUGCCUCAGCCCUCUCCUUCAGUUUGUCCACGUCCACAUUCAUAAACCAGAUCUGACAUGUGUAACAGCGCAGCGAGCCAACCUUCAGACCAGUUGUGCCUUUGCUUUAAUUUAGAUGCUGCUGACGCGAAAUCAACAAGUGCCUACUGUUUGUUUUUCUUUUCAGUCUGAGUACUGUUAAGAUAUCUCACUCACCAGCUGCCUCUUAUUUGACCAGACCUAUGGACAUUUACAGCUGAAAUACAAUUUUUUAAAUUCACUUGUAAUUUAACAGCAGUUUGACUGAGUUUGUGUUUCAGCCUCAGAUGUCUGCACCUGGACUGAAUGUUUAAGACUAAAGGAAUGGUUUGACAUUUCGUCCGAGAGUUAAGAUGAGAUGAUAUGUCCCAUUCUCAUAUCCAUCUGUUAGCCAGUAAGCUCAACACCAGAACUAGGAAUGGAAAACAGCCAGUCUGGUUCAUUGCUUCUCUGGUAUAAACUCAGGGUGCAGGAACUUACUUCACAAUUUGUCAUUUGUACUCUAAGGUUUUUUUGUUUAAAUUUAUCAGAAGACAUUUAGAAUUAUUGAGCCGUACCGUUGUCUGUUGUUUUGUUUCUGCGAUUUUGUUGCCUUUAGACAAAGUCAAGAUUUCCAGUCCUUGAGCUACAGUUAGCAAAAUGGCUGCUGGAUUUGAGAGUAGAAUCUUUCUUUUCAUCUUAUGCUUUGAUUGUUCUCCUUUGCAGAUGCAUAAAUAGACAGUUGGAGCCAUCACAGACAUACACAACUGUUCAAAAGUUUGGAGUCACCCAGGAAUUUAGUGUUUUCCAUGAAAACUCAGGCACAAGAGUUUUCUACUCAUCAAUUAGCCUUUCAACACCAUUAGCUAACACAAUGUAGCAUUAGAACACAGGAGUGAUGGUUGCUGGAAAUGUUCCUCUGCACCCCUAUGGAGAUAUUCCAUUAAAAAUCAGCUGUUUCCAGCUUGAAUAGUCAUUUACCACAAUAACAAUGUCUGGACUGUAUUUGUGAUUAAUUUAGUUUUAUCUUCAUUGAAAAAAAUGUUUGUCUUUCAAAAAUAAGGACUCCAAACUUUUGAAUGGUAGUGUAUCGUUGUUGUUAUUAUACUAUGUUUCUAGUAUGUGGGGGUCUACUCAGAGGACGACAAAUCGUAUCUAUGGAGUCAGCGUGCACCCUCACAGACCCGGAAAGUAUGCGGUCCUUAUGCUACUUUCAGUCGCUUGGACACUGGCCUCUUGGUGAGCAAAGCAUCCCUCUGUAGUAGGUCAAACUGUUCCUUUAAGUCCAUGUUAACAUUAUUUCACAAUGAAUGUCUAAAAAGGUGGAAGACUUGAAAAUCUUGAAUCUUAUUCAUGUAAAACUCAAACCAAAGCAGGUGCAGCCCAGAGAUGUUCUACUGUGACAGACAAAGAUGGAGGGAUAUGGGUUGUCAUUUAGAAAUUGGAGAUUUGGACCAUAUAACAAGAUACCUUUAAAAUUCAGUUACUUGUUGCUCAUGUGGCUUUUAGUUUACUUCAUGCUUCAAAACAGCAGAACUUCAUUUUGAAUCAUUUUAAAAAUACAUGCAUUUGCUUAAUUUAGCACUCAUGCCAGACCGAUCAAACUGUGGUCUUUCCUAUGUGCGUCUGCUGCUCAAUGGAAAUGACAGUUUAGCUGUAAAUGUGCCUUUAAAUGACCUGUGAGAUUCAUUUGGGGGGGAAUUUGCAAAUCAAAUUUGAGUUUAAGAAAAUCUAUGGUAUAGUUCUAUUUUAGAAUUAAAGGGAAAAACCACUUGCUUAAGUGUAACUAGCUGGCAUGUGUUUCCCAACAGAUGCUGCUCGUGUCUGCAGUCUGCUGUCACACCAAAUGGCAUGUAUAUUUUUAAUGUUAGUGAGUCUGUUUCUCAUCAAUAAUGCUCAGGUAGAGAGGCGUAAUGUAGACCUUGAAAUGGGUUUUCUUUGCAUGUGACUUACCUGGGGGUCAAUUCACAUUCAAUUAUCUAACAGAGGAAUAAAUUCAGUGGUGGAUUUACUUCAA